AAGUGACGCAUUCCGAGUCCAGUGGGGGCAGUAGGAGCGAUGAGAAGACCGAGGCGGUGCUAGCGGCUGUCUGAAGAUGGAGUUUCCCGGAGGAAACGACAAUUACCUGACGAUCACGGGGCCUUCUCACCCCUUCCUGUCAGGGGCCGAGACAUUCCAUACGCCAAGCUUAGGGGAUGAGGAAUUUGAAAUCCCACCUAUCUCCUUGGAUUCUGAUCCUUCGCUUGCUGUCUCAGAUGUGGUUGGCCACUUUGAUGACCUGGCAGACCCAUCCUCCUCACAGGAUGGCAGCUUUUCAGCCCAGUAUGGGGUGCAGACAUUGGACAUGCCUGUGGGCAUGACCCAUGGCUUGAUGGAGCAGGGCGGAGGGCUCCUGAGUGGGGGCUUGACCAUGGACUUGGACCAUUCUAUAGGAACUCAGUACAGUGCCAACCCACCUGUCACAAUCGAUGUACCAAUGACAGACAUGACAUCUGGCUUGAUGGGGCAUAGCCAGUUGACCACCAUUGAUCAAUCAGAACUGAGUUCUCAACUUGGUUUGAGCUUAGGGGGUGGCACCAUCUUGCCACCUGCCCAUUCACCUGAGGAUCGCCUUUCAACCACCCCGUCACCUACUAACUCACUUCAUGAGGAUGGUGUUGAGGAUUUCCGGAGGCAAGUUCCCAGCCAGAAGACAGUUGUGGUGGAAACAGGAAAAAAGCAGAAGGCCCCAAAGAAGAGGAAAAAGAAAGAUCCUAAUGAACCUCAGAAACCAGUUUCAGCAUAUGCUUUAUUUUUCCGUGAUACACAGGCUGCCAUCAAGGGACAGAAUCCUAACGCUACUUUUGGAGAAGUUUCAAAAAUUGUGGCUUCCAUGUGGGACAGUCUUGGAGAAGAGCAAAAACAGGUGUAUAAGAGGAAAACUGAAGCUGCCAAGAAAGAGUAUCUGAAGGCUCUAGCUGCUUAUAAAGACAACCAAGAGUGUCAGGCUACUGUGGAAACAGUGGAAUUGGAUCCAGUGCCACCAGCCCAGACUCCUUCACCACCUCCUGUGGCUACUGUAGACCCAGCAUCUCCAGCACCAGCCUCAACAGAGUCACCUGCCCUAUCCCCUUGCAUUGUUGUUAAUUCUACUCUUUCAUCCUAUGUGGCAAAUCAAGCAUCUUCUGGGGCUGGUGGUCAGCCUAACAUCACCAAGCUAAUUAUUACCAAACAGAUGUUGCCCUCUUCUAUUACCAUGUCUCAGGGAGGGAUGGUUACUGUUAUCCCAGCCACAGUGGUGACCUCCCGGGGGCUCCAGCUAGGCCAAACCAGCACAGCUACUAUCCAGCCCAGCCAGCAGGCCCAGAUUGUCACUCGGUCAGUGUUGCAGGCGGCAGCAGCAGCUGCUGCUUCUAUGCAACUGCCUCCACCCCGACUACAGCCUCCUCCACUGCAACAGAUGCCUCAGCCCCCAACUCAGCAGCAAGUUACCAUUCUGCAGCAGCCGCCUCCACUUCAGGCCAUGCAACAGCCCCCACCUCAGAAAGUUAGAAUCAAUUUACAGCAACAGCCGCCCCCUCUGCAAAGUAAGAUUGUGCCUCCACCCACGCUGAAAAUGCAGACUACUAUAGUCCCACCUACUGUGGAGAGCAGUCCUGAGCAACCUGUCAAUAGAAGUCCUGAGGCCCAUACAGUGGAGGCAACCUCUCCUGAAACGAUCUGUGAGAUGAUCACAGAUGUUGUUCCUGAGGUUGAAUCUCCUUCUCAGAUGGACGUCGAGUUGGUGAGUGCAUCUCCAGUGGUGCUCUCACCCCAGCCUCGAUGCGUGAGAUCUGGUUGUGAGAACCCUCCUGUCGUGAGUAAGGACUGGGACAAUGAAUACUGCAGCAAUGAGUGUGUGGUGAAGCACUGCAGGGAUGUAUUUUUAGCCUGGGUGGCCUCCAGAAAUUCAAACACCGUUGUAUUUGUGAAAUAGUCUUUCCUGAUCUCCAAGCCAAUGAAGAGUUAUCUGCCGGGAAGAAGCCCAAGAGCCUGUUUUUGUAACACAAGCUGGGCUUCUGGUAGUGCCUGAUCUCGACUCACCAUGGUCCUUCAUGCCCCCUACCUACCCUUUCAGAAGCAAGGCUAUGGAGCAGGGCCACUGAGUUUACUAUAAUCUGCAAUGCUUUUUAUUUUCAACUGCGUGCAGAAAUACCAGGAUAGUAGCAGAGGAAAAGGUGAAGGGAGUAUAAAAAAGCAAAUCAUAGGGUAGGGGUGGUGGGGUUGUUUGGGAAAACUUGGUAUAAUUGUCAUAGGACUUGUCUAAAAUAUUAAACUGAUGGGGGAAGACUCAGCUUUGAGCCAAGGAGAAAAUGCCACUGUGUGCAUCCAGUUUAAAAGAAGUAAGGGUUAGGGUAUACAGUACAGUGGUAUAAAAGUCCUUGAGUUCAAUCCUCAGCACAAAAAAGGGAUAAAAGGGGUCCCGGGUCCCAUCAAAGGUACCACCUUAAGACAGGGAACUACAGCUAGGUGUGUUAGCACAGGCCUGAAGCCCUACAACUGUGGGAAGCUGAGGCAGGAUUAUCACCAAGUUUGAGCCCAGCCUGAGCAACUUGGUGACUUA